CACAGCCUCUCCCCGCUCCAUCACCACUCCCUCUGUUUCUCUCUCUGAAAUCGUCGUCAGUCCCCAACUGUCUGAGUCCUGUCACCAUGGGCAGUCGAGAAGUUCGUGAUUCAUGAAGUUAUGGUUAGUUAGCAGCCUAAGCCCGUCGUACGCUGGGCUACUUAAAUGAUUAACUUCAUAGCGGAAGCCAAGGACUACAAUAGAAGAUCGGAGAAGCAGGAAGGAGGUAUCGCAGCAGCCAUGGGGAUCGCUGGCUCAGGUGUGGACGGGGUGGAAAGACAACUUGGCGAGAGCCUAUCUCAUCAGAAGAAGACUUUGUUUCACUCCUGGUUCCGGUUCCUGCUCCUGCUGAGUCUAGUGGUCUUCAUCUUGUUAUAUGCUGUGUCUGACACUUCUCUGUCAUGGUGGACAAACCUUCCAUUCCAUGUCCACUACCAGAGGUUUUUCAGUCUGACUAACAAGGUUAAUCAGGCUCCUUCUUAUCGUAUCCAUCCAAAGCAUAAAGUUAAACUAAGUGAGAUCCAUGAAACCACAGAACACCCUACUGUACCAGCUACAGGUAUUCAGUACCACCAAGCCUAUCCACGCAACUACCACUUUGUUAUGGAUAACAGUGAGGUGUGCAAGACCAAGACCCCUUUCCUUGUCCUGAUGGUUCCAGUGGCACCAAAUAACGUAGCAGCUCGGGACGCCAUCCGACAGACAUGGGGCAAAGAAAGCCUGGUUCAGGGCGAGGUCGUGCUUACUCUGUUCAUGCUGGGCAUCUCUGGAAAAGCUGAUGCUGAGCAGCUGCAGGAGAAGCUCAAACAGGAGAAUCUGAAGCACAAUGAUCUGAUCCAGAGUGACUUCAUGGACACUUACAACAAUCUGACCAUCAAAACCAUGGUGAUCAUGGACUGGCUGGCCACACGCUGCCCUACAGCAGCAUAUGCCAUGAAGAUUGACUCAGACAUGUUCCUUAACAUUGACAAUUUAGUGAUCAUGCUACAGAAGCCACAAAUCCCCAGGGUGAACUACCUGACAGGGAUGCUCAUGUGGAACAGGCCAGUUUUGCGUUCAAAGAACUCAAAGUGGUACGUCUCUGAGGAAAUGUACCCAGAACCCACAUACCCGACCUACACUCUGGGCAUGGGAUACAUUUUCUCCAACGAUCUUCCAAACAAAUAUGUGGAGAUCUCAAAAUCAAUCAAACCCUUUAACAUAGAGGACGCUUAUAUUGGAAUGUGCAUGAAAAAACUAGGACUUUCUCCCACAUCACCGCCAAAUCCAUCCCAGUUCAAGGCCUAUAACACAAGAUAUGAUCGCUGUGAAUACUCCAAGGUCAUCACCUACAUUCUUGGGUCUGCACAAGAGUUAGUGAAAUAUUGGACAGACUUGAAGAAGCCUGGACCGCCUUGUUAGGAAAAUGAUAAUUGUGACUACCAAUUUAGAAACAGAACAACUGCACUUUAUAAAUAAAUAAAUACAUAUAAAAUGAAUAAUAAAUAUAAAAGGAGACAUUUUAUUUAUGUAUUACUAUUUAAAACUUAUUAGGGUUAAAAUAAAUUUUUUUUUUUUACAUGUGAAAUAAGGUGAAAAUGUAAAUGAGUGGAAUUAGAACUAUGUUUUGACGAGUAGGUCAUGUAUGGUUUGUAUCUUGGUUUUACCUGUAAGUUUACAAAGGCAGCAAUUAAAUUAGAUAAUUAAAGAAGCCAAGCUAUUGAACACACUUCUGAAACUAAUUUGAAGAACAUUUCACAGAACCUUUACUUGAUAUUUUUAGAGAAUACACUUUUUACUACAUUGUCUUUGAAUAUAGUCAGUUUUUAUUACAUUUUUAAUUCUGGAAGCAAGUAGCUAGAAGGGCUUGAGUUUUAUUAACUUGAAUAGUAAUAUUAUUAUAACACAGAUACGGUAGUUUCUAUUCAUGAGGUUCACAAUGUGGGGUCCAAGAACCCUUUUAGGACCUAGGGAUAUAAUCAGAUUUUUUGAAGUCUAUCUUAAAAAAUCCCAAUAUAAGUUAUUGUUUGCUGCAGUUAUUCUUCUCUACAUACUGGCACUGAAGUGACCCUUUUGUAACGCCACUAUAGUGAGGUUUCAAAAACAUGGAUAGAGCUUAAUGUGGCAUCCUAUCCAGUUUCUGAACUUUCUCUUUGUUGGUGGAGAAAUGAGUGGCUGAGAUGUGGGCUGUAUACAGGAAUAUGAAUAACAAGGAUCAAAACCGUCCAUAUUCACCUUAGCUGAACUAUAGAAUGUAUUUUUUGUGCAGAAUGAGAAUUAUGUUGAGGUUAUGUUGGGAAGGGAUCUUUUCAGGCAAAGAAUGGGGAGGAGGAAUAAUUAUAGCGACCAAGAACUCUUCCAGUGUACAUAUGGGCAUGUCAGUUUUGUAUGAAGAUGUCAAAAUCUGAGCUUAUAGAGAAUUCUAGGGCCAAGUCAAUUUUAUUUAUAUAUCACAAAUGACAAUUUGUCUCAAGGAGCUUAGCUCCUUAGACCAAUUAACCCCCCCAAAACCCCUUUUAACAGGGGAAAAAUGGAAGAAACCUCAGGAGGAGCAACAGAGGAGGGGCGGCUGUGGUUCAGGAGGUAGAGCGG